AUGAUGAUGAACAAGAAGCCAAACCUACUCAGCAAUCGAGUCAUCACCAAAAGCCCUAUGUGUGCCAAUACCAGUGAUGAUGCAAUUCAAGAACAUCAUACAAGCAAGCCCUCUAGCUUGGAAAGUGAAACGACCCACGAUACCGAAACAGAUGUUGACAGCCAAUCAGCUGCCGAAAAUUGCGACAAGGUGAGUUGUGACUAUCGGUCAGAGACAUCCGACACUAGUAAUAUCGAGAAUGAGGAUGAAAAUGUACAUGCAGAUACGGAACUACCUACCACCUCCAAGGAUACAGUACAUUCACGCGAGGGUGACACGACGAGUGAGUCCAGCAAUGACCUGAUGGAUACGUGUAUGAUUCCCGAAAUAAUUACUGGAGAACGUAGGAAAGUUUUGGAUGCGGAGCUAGAGGAUGUCCAAGAGAUCAAACGACGGCGCGAUAACAAAGGAAGGCCACAGAAAAUGGUCUUACGCCAGUCAACAGAGCGCCAAUACCCGUCGUGGCUUGAGGAGUACCUCGUGAAUGCUGCACUCCAUGAAAAUAGCGAAAGUCUUACAGCGAACCAUAGAUGGCGAGCAAAUGAGACCAAGAUUCCCAAAAGCUUUACUGAAGCGAUGAAGACGCCGCAAAAAGACGAAUGGUAUCAUGGUAUGGAGAACGAGGUGAACGCCAUGUUUUCUAAGGGAGUACUGGUUCCGAUAGAUGAAGCAGAAGCCCCGGCGAAGGCAAACAAAUUAGGAUUAAUGUGGAGAUUCCAAGUGAAGACUGAUGACCAAGAAUUCAUUACUCGUUUUCGUCCUAGACUUGUAGGAUUAGGAAACCAUCAGCAGCCACGAAUUGACUACGUGGAAUCAUUUUCGCCUGUCGCACGGAUUGUUACCUUUCGAGUGUUGGUGGCACUAGCCACAAAAUUCGGACUGGUUUUAUAUCAAGGAGAUGUACAAACAGCAUACUUGAAUGCGAAUUUACAGAUCAGGCAAUAUGUCCGAAAUAUACCAGGAUUCCCUCAACCCCCAGGAAUCAUCUAUCGAGUGGACAGAGCGCUCUAUGGCUUGCAUCAGUCAGGAGCCGAAUGGAAUGAAGAGAUUGAUAACUGGUUGGUCACUCAAGAGUUCAAACGUAGUGAGACUGAGCCUUGUCUUUACUUCUACUGCAAACAUGCAAUACUGGCUCUUCUCAUGUUAUACGUCGACGAUGUGGUAUUAGCGACUGAUUCUAAGGCAUAUAAGGCAUCGUUUUUUGAAGCCAUCGACGCGAAAUAUGGUUUUCAAGAUGGAGGAAAGCUGCACUAUUUUUUAGGCAUCAAUGUCGAGCAAGAUGAGACGGACACGUAUAUUCACCAAACGAAAUAUUGCAAGGAAGUCCUCGAGAAAGUUGGCUUUGGCGAAGCACACGGUAGUGCAACUCCUAUGGAGACCAACACUAGAUACAGGAACGAAGUAAUAUAUAUCUUUGAGUGUCAAGAGAUAUAUCUCUAUAUCUAG